AUGCCUCUCAAACAUCAUGGUGUGAAACUUAAUGAUGGUCACUUUAUGCCUGUUCUGGGAUUUGGCACUGCCACAGAUAUUAAGGUUGCUCAAAACAAAGCAGAGGAGGCGGUUAAAUGGGCCAUUGAUGCUGGAUUUCGUCAUAUUGACUGUGCUUAUGUAUACUGUAUUGAAGAGGAAGUUGGAAGAGCCAUUAGAAGCAAAAUUGCUGAUGGCACUGUGAAGAGGGAAGAUAUAUUCUACACUUCAAAGCUUUGGAUGACGUUCCUUCAACCAGAGUUGGUUCGGCCAGCCUUAGAAAAGUCACUGAAAAAACUUCAACUGGAUUAUGUUGAUCUCUACAUUAUUCAUUGGCCAACUGCACUGAAGCCUGGGGAGGAGUUAUUACCCAAAGAUGAACAUGGAAAAUCAAUGUUUGACACAGUGGAUCUUUGUGCCACAUGGGAGGCCCUGGAGAAAUGUAAGGAUGCAGGGUUGACCAAGUCCAUCGGAGUGUCCAACUUUAACUGCAAGCAGCUGGAGAUGAUCCUGAACAAGCCAGGACUGAAGCACAAGCCUGUCUGCAAUCAGGUGGAAUGUCACCCUUAUCUCAACCAGAGCAAACUGCUGGAAUUCUGCAAGUCUAACGACAUAGUGAUGGUUGCCUAUAGUGCCCUGGGAUCCCAACAAUUCGAAGGAUGGCAUAAAAAGAACUCUCCUCCUCUUUUGGAUGAUCCAGUUCUCAAUGCUCUGGCAGAAAAAUACAAGCGAACCCCAGCUCUGAUUGCCCUUUGUUACCAGAUACAGCGUGGUGUUGUGGUCCUGGCCAAAAGUUACAAUGAGAAGAGGAUUAAAGAGAAUAUACAGGCUCUUGAAUUCCAAAUGACUUCAGAGGAUAUGAAAAUAAUAGAUGGUCUAAAUAGAAAUAUGCGCUAUAUUUCUGCUGACUUUUUGUCUGACCAUCCUAAUUAUCCAUUUCUUGAAUAA